AUGCUGAACCCUGCUUCCCCGGUCUCGCCAACCUCCCUAGGGAGGAAACGACCACACCCCCCUGCGGAAUCCGCUUCGACUCAACCAGACCUGUUGUCGACACAACCAUCGCUGCACUCAUCCCACGAUGCGCCUGUGAAUCUUGCCUCCGCCCCCUCUGUCUCGAAUUCCUCCUCGUUCCGCAAUGUCUCGGCCUGUAACCGUUGUCGGCUGCGCAAAAACCGCUGCGAUCAACGGCUCCCCCGGUGUCAGUCCUGCGAAAAGGCCGGUGUGCGUUGUGUUGGCUAUGACCCCAUAACCAAACGAGAGAUCCCCCGCAGCUAUGUGUAUUUCCUCGAGGCUCGCGUGGCGUACCUCGAAAAGGUUUUGUUGGACAAGAAGAUUGAAUUCAAAGACCCGGUGGCUUUUGAUGAAGAAGCCGCUAUCAAAUUGGAAGCAGGAUACGAGCCUGCCCAUGCUCGAAUCGUUGGCUCGGAUCCGUCGGUGAAUUCGGAACUGCCAACCACCGAUACAACUGGAAGAUUGGUGCGCGUGAAAGGGGAGAAGGAUGAUUCGGCCUCAAAAUCGGACGGUAAUUCCGAGAAUGUACAUGAUUCUGAAACCAACAGAGAUCAUGAACAAGACCAUUGGCGGAUACAUAACCUCGUGUCCAACAUUGGCAUGGUUUCGGUACAGGGUACCUCGGAUCCACGGUAUCUUGGGUCAACAUCUGGGAUCUCCUUCGCUCGCGUGGUUUUUGCCGCAGUAAAAAGCUCCGUCGCCGGCAAUGUCUCGGAGCGUGGCCCAAUGCGCCCUCACGAACGAUUACCCCAUAGUGCCACCGGUACAGCGGGAAGUACUAUGCGGGAUUCCUUCUUCGGCCUGCAAACGCGACCGAUGAUGAAAUGUGCCACCUUUCCGGAUCGAGAUCUGGCCGAAAAGCUGGUCAACCUGUAUUUCGAGCACGCGAAUCCGCAAAUUCCCAUCCUCCAUCGCGCUGAUUUCAUGGAACUGCUGGACCGUACGUAUUCAGUCGAUGAAAAGAGUCGCUCGUCCCGCAGUCUCUAUACCCUUAAUAUCGUGUUUGCCAUUGGUGCUGGCAUCAUUUUCGAGGAUAAGUCCCCCGGUGAAGAGAAGUCGGAUGGCCAUGAGCAUUCAUCCGCAUCGUCCACUGCGAAGAGGCCCCGGCUGUCAAGCCAUCAGUACCAACCGGAGGAGUACCAUGCAUCGGCGAUCAUCCACCUCGAGUCCUUCCUAGGCGCCUCCUCGUCCAGCGAUGGGUUCGGUGCUUUAGAGGAACUGCAGGCUGUGCUUCUUCUUGCUAGUUUUGCCUUGCUACGCCCUGUUGCGCCUGGACUAUGGUACAUUGUCGGAGUUGCCAUGCGACUGGCCGUCGAUCUUGGCCUCCAUUAUGAGGACGGCGCAGGCAUUGAUUCACAUGGAGGCGAAAGACUAAGUCGUCCACAUGGUAACAGCGAUGAAAAUCCCAAGGUGCUCAUUGAUGACCGUGAGCGCGGACGCCGAGAAUGGGUUCGUGACCUUCGCCGUCGAUUGUGGUGGUGUGUAUAUAGCUUUGACCGUUUAGUGAGUUGCUGCGUUGGCCGCCCCUUCGGGAUCAGCGAUCAGGCCAUCAGCACCGAGUUUCCGUCUUUAUCCGAGGACAAAUAUAUUACCAAGACGGGUAUGGUGACACCCCCAGAGGGUGCUUCGAGCUACAAGCACGCGGCGCACCAUUACUUUAAAUUGAGAGUAAUGCAGUCCGAAAUCCAGGAUGUUCUUCAACAUCAACAAGCGCGCUUUGCAAGGCAGAGGGCCCCUUAUGCCUCAAGACGAUUCGUGCGCUCGGAUCUCUCAUCUCCUUUUCUUCAAGGCUUUGACUCUUUCCGCUCCUGGCGUAAAGAUGUCCAUCGGCGACUUACAGAAUGGCAACAGAGCGCGCCCACCCGGCGUGAAACAGGCGUGCAGUUCUCCGUUGAAUUCCUCGAGCUGAAUUACUGGCAAGCCGUCAUUAUGUUGUACCAACAGAGCCUAACAGUCCCCGCAGAAUUAGCGGAUGAAGUAACCCCGGCUGAGGACGUAUCCAGCCCGUCGUUCUCCAACGUCGACGAAGCUGAUGACGAAGAUGAUAUUUACUAUAAGGUGGCAGAGGCCGGUCAAAAGGUCAUUCGGAUCUAUCGUCAAAUGCACCGUGUACGGUUAGUGAAUUACACUUACUUGGCUACACACCAUAUCUUCAUGGCGGGCAUCUCAUUCUUAUAUGCGAUUUGGCAUUCUCCUUUGGUCCGAAGCCGCUUGACCCUUGAUGAAGUAGAUUUUACAGUCCUGGCAGCCACGUCCGUCCUUGGGGACUUGAUGCACAAGUGCCCACCUGCCGAGUCUUGUCGAGAUGCCUUUGAGCGUAUGAGCAAAGCCACCGUUCAGAUGUGCUUAUCGACCACCGGUUUCGGGUCCCAGGUAGAUCUGACUCGAAUGCAAACCACUACACCUGCGUCUCAACGCGCAACGUAUAAUAAUCGAUCUAGACAGUAUGGAGUAUACACAAUAGAUAGUCGCCAGCGGCCUUCACAUGGACCCGCCCGGCGAACGACGCAGACACGCCAGUCCCGCCCAUUACCACGGUUUGACAUGAAUCUUGGGGACCUAUUUAGCGACAAUAAUCCCGCUCCAGAAAGACCAGGCAACGGUCCAAGGAAGCCCAUGCAGACCUACCCCGGCCGGCCAGAAUAUCCCGAAGCAUCGACUUCGAGCUUCACCACCUCGGGACGGUCUGCCCGACAGCCUCACCGUUCACCAACUAUGGAAUUAUAUGGUAGCUACGAGAGCCCCGUCUCACCGCAGACGCAGCAGCAGUAUUUUUAUGGCAGCUCUCCGCAGCAAAGUGGAUCGCCAGGCAGCGUUGUCGCUAAUUCCGUCCAUCAGCAACUCCCGGCUGCGGACCAAGACAAUCCGCUAGGAAUCAGCCUCGAUUUCCUGGACUUUGAUUCUACAGGUGCCGAAGGACAGGUUUCACUCGGUUCUGAUGAUGUAUCCGAAUAUAACCUGCAGGCUGUACCUUCUUUGGGACAUGGCGUAGGUCACAGUGUUGGAAUCGAUCUCGGAUUUGGCAUGGCGGUCGACUUCCAGCACGACUGGAGCGAAAAUGCCAACUAUGAUAUUCUGGAAGGAUAUUUUUUUGGCGGAUCUGGUGGCGGACCAUCUGAUGAUGCUUAG